CCUCUGUUCAAACAGCUACUACUAAGCUAGUCAGACAGUCAGAUACCCAAAAAACAGAACAAAAACACAUAUAUAUACUCACAGAAGCAAAAAUCAAACACUUACAAGGCACUAACCCACGAUCCAUCAAACAUGCCAAUCGCCGCCGCCACAACCACCGCCGCCGUCAAUUUCCUUGCGGUUACAGCACGCUAUGGCGGCAGCACAUUAACGCCGUCUUUCCGUACAUCCGUUUCCAUUUCUAACGCCGUUAAUACUAACUGUUCCCUCUCGAUGAGUUCUAGCCCUAAUUUUACUUCUAAUCGCCGCACAUUUUUCAUGUUGUCAUUUGCUGCUGCUGCUGCUGGCGGUGACGGCGGCGGUGAUGAUAAUUUUAACGGCGGUAACGGAGGCGGUAGUGGAAAUGGUGGUGGUGAUGAGGAGAGUGGCGAUCAGAAAAAGAAUAAGAAUGAGGCUUUGAUUGCAUUGCGGGAGGCAGGUAGGUCGUUGGAGAGUUUGCCGAAGGACUUGCAGGCGGCGAUAGAGGAUGGGAGAAUACCUGGAUCCAUAGUAUUGAGGUACUUUGAGCUAGAGAAAUCUCCAUUGUUGGCAUGGUUGCUUCGUUUUGGAGGGUUUAAGGAGCGGCUAUUGGCCGAUGAUCUCUUCCUUGCUAAGCUUGGAAUGGAGUGCGGCGUUGGUAUCUUCACUAAGACUGCUGCUGAGUAUGAGCGCCGCAGGGAAAACUUUUUUAAUGAACUGGAAAUUGUUGCCGCAGAUGUGGUGAUGGCCGUAAUAGCAGAUUUCAUGCUCGUCUAUCUUCCUGCUCCUACUGUUUCUCUCCGACCACGAAUGGCUGUUGAUGCUGGACGAAUUGCCAAGUUCUUUCACCUUUGCCCAGAUAAUGCCUUUCAGAUGGCCCUGCCUGGAACAUCAUACUCAUUGUUGCAAAGAAUAGGUGCAAUAGUGCGCAAUGGGACUAAACUUUUCGCUGUUGGAACAGCCUCUUCCCUGGUUGGGACAGUGGUGACAAAUGCAGCACUAAAUGCUAAGAAAGCUGUUGAUAAGUCUUCUGCUGAAGAGGUGGAGAAUUUGCCUGUUGUAGCAACCAGUGUAGCUUAUGGUGUUUAUAUGGCAGUUUCUAGCAACCUUCGAUAUCAAAUAGUAGCUGGUGUAAUUGAACAACGGAUUUUGGAGCCCAUGCUACACCAACACAAGUUGAUGUUGAGUGCAAUGUGCUUUGCUGUGCGAACAGGCAACACAUUCUUGGGUUCACUAUUGUGGGUUGACUAUGCUCGUUUGAUCGGAAUUCAAAAGGCUCAUGAUCAAGAAGUUCCUGCCCAAAAGGCUCAUGAGGCAUAGGUGCAUUGGCUUGGUUUUGAAUUUCAGAAAGUCGAUGUGUGCUUGUUAGACCAUUUGAACAUUACAUGGAGAUAUGUCAGCGGCAAAUAAUUCGCUUUAGUAGAGGUUAUAGACGGGAGAGACCUAGCAUCUUCUUAGGCCUCUCAAGUAUUUAUAAGCUUAUUGUAGUUUGAUGAUCUUUUUUUUUUUUUUUUUUUGGGUUGAGAUACUUUUCUCUAAGUUUCUGAUUUAAAUUUUCUAUCCUGUUUGGUACUUCCGUAAGUACCAACUAUAGAAUUAUGAAAAUGAUUUGUAAAUUGAAUGCAUCUUUUUCGCGCUUGGAUACGUAUUGGUGAUAUGCAUUCUCGAUUCAUGAAAAUGAAAGAGACUUACUGAAGUUCAA